AUGGCAUCCGAACUGAAUGCUCGACAAGUUGUAACACAAACUGCUCAACCCCUGCCAAGUUGGCUUAGCUACUCGGCUCUUCCGGGAACCGGACCAGUAACAAGUUAUACCAUUUUGCGUUUCCCACUGACGUAUUAUGGCCCCAGCAUUCCCCUGGGAACUGAUGGAAUAUGGACCUAUGGAGGCUUAACUCCCCCUCCAACGACGGCAACUCCAUCUGCAACCACUUCUCCAACUACAUCUUUAUCUUCUACUAUCACUCUUCCAACGCCCACAACCACAACCUUCGCGAGCGUCUCAGUUAUCACACGCACACGAACGUCUUCAACAAUACCACCUACUUCAACUUCCACUGAGCCUGCUGGAUCUCGAGAAACUCUCCCAAUCGUAGCCAUUGUACUCAUUGCACUCGGUGUGGCAGCCGCUCUGCUCCUCUGCUGUCUCGCUGGUCUUCUCUUCUGGCGCCGCCGUAGGUCACGGCGUGCGAAGGAGCCUCCUCGUGGUGACAGCGAAUUUUAUGCUGGUCCUGGACCGGACGAGGAUGUCGAAUCAAUUCAUGCCGUUCCAAAUCUCUUGGGAGAACGGCACAGCCUAUUAGGGAAUGACUCGUUUAUCGUAGUCGGAAAUCGCAAUGGACGCUCUCCUCUGAUGACACAACGUAGCCUUGGCGGAGCAUCGUAUCAACGGCUUGCUGAAUCACGCGUUUCACAAGUGUCUCGUAGAACGGGAUCGUCGGAAAUUGGCGUAGCAUACACGGACUUGCCCCCUCCACGAAGCCGACGACGUACCGUUACUGCUGUAAGCGGUGGAGUUAGUUCCAGUCCCUCGCAUCCUACGUCCUCAAGUCAACCUGGAAUCGGGAGCAUGCGAACGCACAACGAAUCUGCACGCUCAAGCUUGUUUCAACAUCCAGCCGAACAAGACGAGAGCCCGGUUCUACCGAGAGACAGCGCUCAUGGUGCAGUGAAGCGCGCAUCGGACCUUGGUCAAAAACCGCUUCAGGCACCGGCACCUGCUGCUCAGGGUUCAUCUGGCGCUACAUUGGGCGCUGAACUUGGAAUGUUGGGCCUGGGAACGCGCUACCCUGAUCCUUCUCAAUCGCUAUUAGCACCUCUUCAAGUGGCGGCUCCGGCGCGCGCUUCCCUCCUCGUCUGGUUACACCGGCAGCUUCUUCUUUUGGUUCGAACUCUCGCAUAUCCCGCGCAGCGUCCCCGUGCUUCUCCGCCGCCCAGGGAUACAUUGACCUGGCCCGAGAGUCCUGAGUCGGAACAAGACGAAAAUGCUCAACUUUUGACCGCUGAACGGGGUAAUGUUCGAAGCGGAGUUGGACUGCUAGGCAGGUUCAGUUGGUUCACUCGCGGAGGAAACGGAAAUGGAUCUCCUCCAGCACGAACAUCUCGUAACUCGUACCCAGGCUGGAUGUCCCCUCCCACAGAAGAAGGUUUCCUCGCAGAGGUCGAUGCUGAACAUGAGCAAGAAUAUCGCGCAUCCCCCUCUGAUCCUCCCACACUUGAGAGCAAACCUCCUGCCAGUCAUCCGGGAAUGUCUCGUCAACAUCUGGUAACACCGUGUACCACGACGCACCUUCCCAGCCUGGUACUCCCCGCGAACGUACGGGGCCAUCGACCUGGCUUGGAUUCCUUGGCCGCGGAAGUCCUGCUACCGGGCCCGCCCCUCCUGUUCCUCAACGACCCUCACCUUUGUCUCAUACUCCCAGUUCGACCCCUGCAACCGUUCCUUCGUCAAUCACCCCUCCUCAGCAAGCUCGCAUGCGAGGCUCGAGUGAUAGCGACGUUGACCCUGUGCCCGUCUUCGACCGAGUCUGGCUCAGCUGGACGCCGUACUUCAAGCCGGCCCGAGAGUGAUAUCCUGGAUAGGCCUGCACCCGAAAGUUUGCUCGACCUUCCCCCUCCCACACUCGUUCCACCAAGUCCUGCCCCCGUAUUCCCACCUGGACUGGCUCGACUUCCUCGUACAUAUAACUUUGGCCUUCUCAAUGAACUCGGUGACGAACCACCGGCUGCCGAAGAGGAAUGGCGACACAUCCGAUCCUCUCCUGAACAUGUGGACUGGCGAAGAAUCAGUAUGGGCCGAACCGUCCGAAUCAACAGUCCGCACACCGCAACUCCAUCCCAAGUUGGCUCAGUUCACGGGGGAGGAACCGCGAGUCCCACAGCCACCGAUCCCACUUCGCUUCAGGUUCCAAGGCCGACAGGCUCAAAUUCGUCACAAUCGCACAGCGGCGGAUCCGACAACUCCGAAUCACGUCGAGCGGUGGGCCAAUCGCCAAGCAUGAGUGCGUUGACGGGAGGCACUACGUACAGUGUGAGCACGAGCGGUACUGGAACUCCCGCUGACACUACCACGGUCAGUAGUAACCCUCCCUACCCCCCGGAGACGCUCGUGACUGAGUCGUUUGAAUUUGGUGGAUACGGAUACGCCUUUGACGACAGCGAGUACGACGAGUACGAGACCCGCGCAACUACAGUUUCCAGCAACGAUAGCAGUGGGCGGCGGGCGGUUGAUCUACAUGGCGAACCGGACGAGACGGAUGGGCAGGACGUUUACGUAGGGAGGUUUGGGGGUGAGGGAGGGGUGCGAUUCGUGCCGCCCAUGAGUGCUGUUGGAGUCUCUAGAUGGAGCUAG